GGAGGGGCGGUGUUGGUGGAUUUCAGUCGGGGCUGGGACCUCGUGGCAGCGCAGAAGCCCCGGGCCUGGCGCGCUGGUCUCUGCUCGAGGACAGCCGGGCUUCCCUCUCCUGGCACGGACACGUGUCCUCUCUCCAGUGCCUUUAAUAGAUGCCGAAUGCCCAGACGGGGGCCAGGUGAAGGGACCCCCCCGCACUGGGUUUGACCCGUCCCAGCCCUCCGAACGGACCCGCCAGGAGACAGAGAGGAGUCUCUGGCGGCGCUCAAUCUCUGGGGGUUGACUUAGUUGUAGUCUGGCGUCUGGGAACCUGGCAGAGCACAUGUUUCGUCCUCUGUUCCAGACGCUGAAUUACUGCAGUCUGAACGGGUUGGCCAGUUUGCUGACAAUCAAAGCUUAUUCCAAGGAGAGAGCCUGGGACCAGAGAGGAUGGCUCCAGGGACCCAGAGACCCUCAUCCCAGGAGUUGGUGACCUUCAAGGAUGUGGCUGUGGAUUUCACCCAGGAGGAGUGGCGCCUCUUGGAUCAUUCUCAGAGAGAGCUGUACAAGGAGGUCAUGCUGGAGAAUGUCCAGAACCUGCUCUCUGUGGGAUUUCCAGUUUCUAGAGAAGAUUUGCCUCCCCCUUUCCAGGAAGGGGAAGCACCAGGGAUGGUAGAAGAAAAAGGUGCAAGGAGCUCCUGUCCAGGUGCAGAGACCAGGUUUGAAAUGAAGGAGAUGACUACAAAGGUGGGCAUUCUUGUGGAAGAAUGUUUCUAUCAUAGAUUUCAGAGUAAAAAUGGUGCCUGUGACUUCAGUUUGAGAGAAAUCUGUGGCUCUAAUACCAAGGUGGAUAAAAAUACUAAGAGUAUCUGGGAAUUUGGUGAAAUUGGAGAGGCCUUCACACAGUCUUCAGUCUUAAAUAACAGGAAGAGAAGGACUUCAUGGAAUGAAGAUGUUCAGGACAGACAAGUUAAUAAAUGGUUUCCUAAACAACUCAAGCCUUUUAAGGCUCAUGAGAAGUCCCUUCCAAUGCAAAUGGAUCAAAGUAAUCAUCUGGAAAUGGCCUUGAAUUUAAAUUCUGAUCUCAUUAGACAUCAGAAAAAAAAGAAAUGUUAUGAAUGUAAUCAGUGUGGAAAGACUCUCACAGAAAGAUCCAGUCUUGUUAGACAUAAGAGAAUCCACACUGGAGAGAAACCUUAUAAAUGUAAUCAGUGUGGAAAGGCUUUCAUAGAGAAGUCCAAUCUUGUUACACAUCAGAGAAUCCACACUGGAGAGAAACAUUAUGAAUGUUAUCAGUGUGGAAAGAUUUUCAGAAGGAGUUCCAAUCUUGCUAAGCAUGAGAAAAUCCACACUGUUGAGAAUACUUAUGAAUGUAAUCAUUGUGGAAAGACUUUCACAAAGAGUUCCCUUCUUGCUGAACAUCAGAGAAUCCACACUGGAGAGAAACCUUAUGAAUGUAGUCAGUGUGGAAAGGCUUUUGCACAGCUUUCUGGUCUUUCUAAACAUCAGAAAGCCCACACUGGAGAGAAACCUUUUGAAUGUUUUCAGUGUGGGAAGGCUUUCAUACAGCAUUAUCAUCUUGCUGUACAUCAGAGAAUCCACACUGGAGAGAAACCAUUUGAAUGUCAUCAGUGUGGGAAGGCUUUCACAAUGAGGUCCACUCUUGUUGCACAUCAGAGAAUCCACACUGGAGAGAAACCUUUUGAGUGUAAUCACUGUGAAAAGGCUUUCACAGAGAGGUCCACUCUUAUUAAGCAUAAGAGAAUCCACACUGGAGAGAAACCUUUUGAGUGUAAUGACUGUGGAAAGACUUUCACAGAGAGUUCUAGUCUUACUAAGCAUAAAAGAACCCACACUGGAGAGAAACCUUAUGAAUGUAAUCAGUGUGGAAAGGCUUUCACAUUGAGCUCUAAUCUUUCUGCACAUCAGAGAAUCCAUGCUGGAGAGAAACCUUAUAAAUGUUAUCAGUGUGGAAAAGCUUUCACACAGAGUUCCAGUCUUCAUAAGCAUAAGAGAAUCCACACUGGAGAGUACCUUUUGAAUGCAAUCUAGGGAGAGCAGUGGUAUAUGCCUAGGAAUCAGGGGGACCAGAGUUCAAAUCCGGCCUCAGAUACUUAACACUUACUAGCUGUGUGAC